AUGUGGCUCACCAACGCGCACGCCCACAGAGAACCAUUGUACUUUGACUGGUGGAAUAUGGUCUGGGCUGCCGUGCUCUACUCCGUCUGCUCCGUGACCACCGAGGAGGCAUCGCCAAGGCAGCGCCUGGCCGCUGCACUAGGCGUGCCAGAUGCCGCGCUGCGGCUGGGCCCAGCACUGCACCUCCCUGGCGUGGCUGUGGAGCUGGCCCGGCUACCACGAGGCCUGCCGGAAUCCCUGGAGCCCUCUGCCGAGCUUCAAGCUGGGAUCUUCGCGCGCGAGGGAGGGGACUCCAAGGGCUCAAAGAGCUCUCUGCCGGAUCUGGCCCUGGGCCCUCCAGACCACGCGCAAAGUUUGGCACUUUGGGAAGAGAUGCUGUGCCCGGCCCACCGCUACACCAUCGUGCUGCGCAAUCUGAGUGAAGCACAGGUCAGCCGGGCUGCCUACGACCAUCGCUUGGAGGAAAUCCGGGACAAGGGCUUCGCAAACUUCUUCGAGUUGUCUUCGUUCGGUUUGGCAGAGGUCCGACGGUACGAGAUCGGCGCGGCCUUGUGGUGUGGGCACUGGGACCGUGCCUGCCAGCUCCUCCUUACCUCCAAUCGAGGCGGCUCCAGCCUCGCGGCUGCCUCGGCCGCUUUUGCUUCGCGGGACUACGCACAAGGCCUCGAGAAGCUUCCGACUGACGCAAGCUGCAAAGGGCUCCGCGCGCUGGCGAUGCACCUGCUUCUGAAGAGGGACCCGCUGGAAGCCUUGCGACGUGCUUUGCCUGUGCCGCUGUGGGGCAAACUCCUGGCAGCGGUGGGUCGCGUUUGUUGGAAUCGAGCCGCUGCAGCCCGCCUCAGGGGACUCGCACACCAGCCACUGGUGGGAGAUCUGAUCUGGGAUGAGAAAGCUGGUGAGCCUCGACCAUUGUCAGCCCAGGAUGUGCAGUCAGGCCGGUGGCAACUGAGCGACAUUGUGCUGCCGCUUCCCAGGCCUGGUGAGUCACUCCACCAGGGAGGGCAAAGGCUUGGCAUGGAGGCUGAGCUUCAGGAGCUCGUGCCGGACCAGGAUGCGCCGGCUGGCUGCUUUCCUCUGGAUGUCUCCAAGAUUCUGCCGCCAGUGCGUCGCAUCGUGAGCAUCCCUUCGGACCUCAGCUGGGACGUGGUCGAGUCUUCGGGCGGCUCCGCCGUGGACUGCGACCUUGCCCGCCUCAGUGAGCGGGGCCUGCCAGUGACGAUGUCAACCAGGAGGCCUCGUGCAGCAUCAGGCCUGGUGCUGCGCCUACGCUGCACGCUUCCCCGUGCAGAGAGUGCGGAGGCUCUCCUGCGCGAGCUCACAGCUGCAAAUCCUUCCGAGUUUCGGGAGAACCUGAGCCGCAGGGACAACAUUUUUUGA